UACUUAUAUUUUCUUCUCUCAAUCCCUCUCCCCUGUAAUUGAGUGAAAAGAAAGAAAAAAAAACAUAAUGUAUAAGGUAGCAAAUGCAUCAGAAUUUCUGGUGAUCACUGGCAUAGGUAUCCCAGACAUAAAGCUUGCCAAAAAGGCAUGGAUACUCCCUGGUCAGUCUUGCACUGUCUUCGACGUCUCGCCUGUAAACUACACGUUCGAAGUCCAGGCCAUGAGUGCCGAGAAGCUCCCUUUCGUUCUCCCAGCAGUCUUCACAAUCGGACCCCGUGUGGAUGAUGAGCACAGCCUCCUCAAGUAUGCCAAGCUUAUCUCUCCUCAUGACAAGCUCUCUAACCAUGUUAAAGAGCUUGUACAAGGUAUCAUUGAAGGAGAAACGAGGGUCCUAGCAGCUUCAAUGACCAUGGAAGAGAUUUUCAAAGGAACCAAAGAGUUCAAACUAGAGGUUUUUGAGAAAGUCCAGCUUGAGCUCAACCAGUUUGGGCUUUUGAUCUACAAUGCUAAUGUUAAACAGCUUGUGGAUGUGCCUGGACAUGAGUAUUUUUCUUACUUGGGUCAAAAGACUCAAAUGGAGGCUGCUAAUCAGGCCAAAGUGGAUGUCGCAGAGGCUAAAAUGAAGGGAGAGAUCGGGUCCAAGCUGAGGGAAGGGCAAACGCUGCAAAACGCUGCAAGGAUCGAUGCGGAGACGAAGAUUAUAUCGACACAGAGGCAAGGAGAGGGGAAGAAGGAGGAGAUACGGGUAAAGACAGAGGUGAAGGUUUUCGAGAACCAAAGAGAAGCUGAGUUGGCUGAGGCUAAUGCGGAUUUGGCAAAGAAGAAGGCAGGUUGGGCUAAGGAGGCGCAAGUGGCGGAGGUGGAGGCCUCCAAGGCAGUUGCUCUGAGGGAAGCUGAGUUGCAAAAAGAGGUGGAGAGGAUGAAUGCUUUGACCAGAACUGAGAAGCUUAAGGCUGAGUUUCUUAGCCAAGCAAGUGUUGAGUACGAUACCAAGGUGCAAAAAGCAAAUUGGGAACUGUACCAGAAACAGAAACAAGCAGAGGCAAUUCUGUAUGAGAAGGAAAAAGAGGCAGCUGCGCAAAAGGCAAUUGCGGAUGCAACAUUCUACGGCCGUCAAAGGGUUGCUGAUGUAGAAUUGUAUGCAAAGCAAAAAGAAGCGGAAGGACUCAUGGCACUUGCACAAGCGCAAGGUGUUUAUCUACGAACCCUUUUAGAAGCGUUGGGAGGCAACUACGCAGCCCUAAGGGAUUACUUGAUGAUCAAUGGUGGAAUGUUUCAAGAGAUUGCUAAGAUCAAUGCUGAAGCCGUUCGGGGACUGCAGCCUAGGAUUAGCAUUUGGACUAAUGGUGGAUCUGAAGCAAUGGAUGGUAAUGGUAGCAAUGCAUUGAAGGAGGUUGCUGGUGUUUACCGGAUGUUGCCGCCCUUGUUUAAGACGGUUCAUGAGCAAACUGGGAUGCUACCACCUCCGUGGAUGGGCACAUUGUCAGCUGACUCACAACAAGCUACGACGGAUUAAGACAAGCCUAUCCCUGAUCGUCAUUUUGCCAUACACUCUUUUUUAUUUAACUAUCCUGCCUUUGUUUUAAAUAUAAAU